AUGGCGGCCCCCAUGAUUAUAAACAAACUUUCUAGUUCUGUACUUGAUGCAAGUAAUACAGCAAGAAAGAAGAAGUUGCGGGAUUAUUCAAAGAUAUACGUUGAACGUAUAGGUGCUGUGCUUACAAACCAAUCAUACAGUGAAUUCUUUGAAAGCUAUUUGUUGAGAAAUCGGCCCUGCAUCUUGUCAUCUCAGAAUACUGACACAUGGAACAGCAGGAAGGACUGGGUACUCCAAAAUGGACAACCAAACUUUAAGUUUUUGAGGGAGAAGUUUGGUCAUGCUUGUGUGCCUGUUGCAAACUGCAAAAAGGAGAAAUAUUCUUCACAGCCCAAAGAAGAGAAAACCUUCUCUGAUUUCUUGGACUAUUGGCAAAGCUACAUAGAGACAGGCUACCCUGAUAGCAUGGAUAAUUUGUAUUUAAAAGACUGGCACUUCAUAAGAGAGUUUCCUGAAUACAAAGCCUACGAGACUCCGUGUGGCUUUACGUCAGACUGGCUGAAUGAGUUCUGGGACACAAGGGAAGACAGGGAUGAUUACAGAUUUGUUUACAUGGGACCCAAAGGCUCUUGGACACCUUUCCAUGCAGAUGUGUUCAGGUCGUUUAGCUGGUCUGCCAAUAUUUGUGGGAAAAAGAGGUGGAUAUUCUAUCCUCCAGGUGAAGAAGAAAAUCUAUGCAAUAAAUAUGGACAUUUGGUUUAUGAUGUGAAUUCAAGUGAUUUGGAUGAUGUAAUCUUGUACCCAAAAUAUACUCAAGUGAAAUCUAGGAUAGAAAUCAUACAAGAGGCAGGGGAGAUAAUUUAUGUUCCCAGUGGAUGGCAUCACCAAGUCUAUAAUUUGGAAGAUACCAUCUCGAUUAAUCAUAACUGGCUGAAUGGUUGUAAUGUAGACAUUUGUUGGCAGUACAUCAAGAACAACCUGGUCCAAGUCCAGCGGGAGAUUGAGGACUGUAGAGGGAUGGAAGGCUGGGAUCAGCAAUGUCAGCUGAUCCUAAAGGCAAGCUGUGGAAUUGAUUAUGAGGAGUUUCUACAGUUUAUGGAAGUCAUUGCCCUUAACAGGAUAAAACUUCUGCAAAACCAGAUAAAGCUUAUGACAAAUCAAUCAGACAUACAUCAAAAUGAACCAGGCAAAACUCAAGGUAUUACAUGUAAUCAUGGUAAUGCCAUUUGUGUUCCAGAAGAAAAAUCAACAGGAGAAACAAAGGGAAAUAAUUCUAUGAGCUUGACUAUAGAUAAAGGAUUGCCUAUGGAUGAGGGGCAGAUAAAUCAUUGUGUAUUUGAUCUUCACAGUGUCCAGGACAUAUUGAGUGAUAUGAUUUGUACUUCAGAAUUUACUUCUUUACCUGAAUGUGAAAGCAGGGCUAAUAAACUAAUCUUAAAGAUCGAAGAAAUGAUCAACGACUUUUUGUAAAAUAUGAAAUUUAUUGUUCUUAAUGUUUUAUUUAAUAUAUUUAAAAUAUAUGUACUUUAUUUUCACAAGAGAAAAUACUAUGUAAA